UUGCCUUUUGUUUUCUUCUCUCUUCGUCUUCUUCACCAUCUUCUUCUUCUGGGGAAACACAAAAAAGAAAAAAAAAAACAAAACUUUACCGGCCAUGGAUCCCGGCGACCCAACUUCGAUAAUCUUUACAAAGAUCAGAACUUUAGAACCAGAGAACGCUUCCAAAAUCAUUGGCUAUUUCUUACUGCAAGACAUGGAACAGAGAGAUUUGAUUCGUAUUGCUUUUGGUCCUGACACUCUCAUUCAAACCUUGUGUCGAAAAGCUAAAUCCGAUUUGGGUCUCUCAUCCAACGGUUUCUCGUUAAACCCUAUGUCGAGACCUAUCAACAUCCAUGGCCACCAGUCAUUGUCUCAGUCUUCUCCAAGGAAUGGUUUUUUGAGAAACCCUAGUAACCCUUUGCCUUGUUCGUUAACUUCGAGUACACUCGGUGAUAGGCCUAGUAACUUCAAUUCUAGACCUUUUCGUGACGGUUCAUCAUUUUUCGCUUCUUCUUCCGGCGAUGAGCAGCACCAACUGAGUAACCAGUUUCCGUUUGUUGAGGAUCCAUUUGCCAAUUUUCACAAGAGGAGUUUCUCGGCUAACGAUGCUUGUUUUGAGUCAGAGGAACCAGGUUUCGGAGGAGGACCUGGUUAUCAUCGGUUUCCACAAGGCGGUUUAGUUGAUGAUUUUGGUUCCUCUGGUGGUUUUGGUUCGCCGAGUGAGAUGGAUUACGUCCUUGAGAAGAUGAUGAGGAUGAAGUUAGCUCAACAAAAGAGAAUGGUUGCUGCUCAGUUCAUGGCUGCGGCUUGUGGCUCUCCAUUGUCGCAUAGACAAGGAUCAGAACAAUUUGGAGAAGAAGGUGGUUACUCUUAUAGUCCAAGCCGGUAUGAAAGAGAGGAUGCAGUCUCUAAACAGAUUUACUUGACAUUUCCAUCUGAAAGCUCCUUCACUGAUGAAGACGUCUCAGCUUAUUUCAGCGAUUUUGGACCUGUGGAAGAUGUGAGGAUUCCAUAUCAGCAGCAACGGAUGUACGGGUUUGUCACUUUCGCUAAGGCUGAAACCGUGAGAACCAUAUUGGCUCGAGGAAAUCCUCAUUUCAUCUGUGACUCACGUGUUCUUGUUAAACCAUACAAGGAGAAAGGAAAAAUCCUUCAAAACAGGAGGCAGCAGCAGCAACUACAGCAGCUGUUGGAGAGAGGGAACUACUCACCUUCUUCAAGUCCUUCAGGAAUCGACACUAGGGAUCUGUAUGAAUGUCGCUUAGGACCAAGGAUGUUUUCAAACAAGACACAGGAGAUGCUGCGAAGAAAAACCGAGCAAGCUGAUUUACAACAAGCUAUAGAAGUAGAACUCCAAAGAAGAAGGUUCUUGAAUCUGCAAUUGCCUGACAUGGAGCAUGAAUCUAUUCACCAUCACCAGCGUAGUCCUUCUUUUUCUCCUGCUCAUAUCCCACCUCGAUUUAAUCAUAGUCUUCUCUUCAACUCAGAAAACAACAACGAAGAAAUGAUGGAAGGCAAUAGCGAUAGAAGCGAGCAACAUCUUCAGCAAGUAGCAGACAGCAACGAAGAACGUGGUUACAGUAAUGAUUUCUACAAAGGGCAAGAGACGAGUCUGGAGAAUACUCUUCCUGAUAGCUUGUUUGGUUCCCCAAAAAAGUCUGGCGAAAUUCGCAAUACUGAGUCUGAUACCGAGCAGAAAGCCUCAUGAGAUCAAUCAGCAUAGCAAUGGGUUCACUAUAGGCAGAAAGAAACAAGUUUAUGAGUGAGAAAGAAUGGUGUAGGACUGAUAAAAGAAGGAAGUAGAAGAUAAAAGUGUCUAUAAUAUAAAAAAAAGCUAAGAGGUGGUUAACAUGGAUAGAAUACAGAAGAGAAGGUUAAAGAGAUCAGUUUUUAGGAUUAUAUUGUCAUCUACAAAUAGGAUUUUUACUACUAACGUCUACAACAUAUGAUCAACACAGUAACUGAAACUCACAAGAAGGUUUCUUUUUGGUAAUUUCUUUUUACCUCCUCCUAA